UUGUCACUAUGAGGUUUCUGAUCUCACUGUGUGUGUCGCUGCUGAUGCUGCUGAUUAAUUGUUCUGCAGCUUCUGGUUCUGAUCCAUGCAAUAAUUAUACCUCUCUUGAUGAGUACUGGAGAGACAUACAGCCAAAGUAUAACAACAUUAACACACAUGAUGACACACUUGUUGAAUGGAGCGGCUGGUACCGGCUGUAUCUGUUUGGAAAAAGUGCUCAGAUGUCUGAGUGGUGUGUGAGUACUACACAUUGUGGUGGUGAAACUGGACUGUCUCUUAAUGGUUCUCAUCCACGUAUUGAAGAUGGAGUGGUGACCCGUAAAGUCGUGGGAACUAAUGCAUGGUGGUGGUUGUGGUCGUCGUCUUCUUGUGGCAGCUACAAGUCCACCUCCAUUCGAGUCAAAGCCUGUCCAGGAGAUUAUUACGUCUAUGAAUUUGUCAAACCCAAUGCAUCAAUCCCCAAACCAACGUAUUGUGCAGUUGCUUUCCAAAACAUCAGCAGUGAUCCCUGCUACAACUAUCAGUCUCUGGAUCGUCCCUGGAGAACCAACAAUGAAAGUGAAGAUCGCAUUUGUGAUAGAUUUUUCUCUUGGAAUGGCUGGUACCGGUUUUUCUACUAUGGAAUGAACAUCCAGAUGCCAGAGACCUGUGUUGGUUCAUACAGAUGUAACACACAGAUCACGCUGUACCUCAAUGGUCCUCACCCUCGGAUAGAGGAUGGAGUGGUGACCAGGGAGGUCUGUGGAGGGACGUAUGGGACUCGCUGCUGUGAAUACAGAACAAGACCAAUCAGAGUGAAAGCAUGUCCAGGAAAUUACUACGUCUAUGAACUUGUGAAUCCAGACGCGUGGUGUGCGGGAUACUGCACAAAUAUUAGCACCGUUUCACAGCCAGUUCCCACUAUAAGUCCCACCAUAAUCACUGGAUCCAACAAUUUGAAUUAUGACCCGUGCAAUAACUACAACACACUCAACAACAAUUGGAGAAACAUACUCGGCUACGGGCAUCAAUAUGGACUCAAUUCUGAUUAUGAUGACACUCGUGUUAGCUGGGAUGGCUGGUAUCGACUCUACAUUAAUGGCUUGAGUGCUCAGAUGCCUGAAUGGUGUGUGUCUAACUUGGCAUGUGGAGGUUUUAGUUCUCUGUGGCUUGCCGGCUCUCAUCCUCAGUUAGGAGAUGGAGUUGUUACCCGUGACAUUUACGGCUCUCACUUUGAGGAGUGCAGAUACUACAGAUCCAACCCAAUCCAAGUCAAAGCUUGUCCUGGAAAUUAUUAUGUCUACAAAUUUACCAGGCCUCCUCUUUCAAUCCCAGCUCCUGUAUAUUGUGCAGUACGUUUCACCACCCCAAGUGUCGACCCCUGCUUUAACUACAAAAGUCUGGAUGAGCCUUGGAGAGCCACAAACAAUCCUUAUGAUAGCAACUAUAGAAGGUGUGAUAACUUCCAGGGCUGGUACAGGCUUUUCUACAACGGUCAGAGUGUCCAGAUGCCAGAAUCCUGUGUUAAUCAGUACAUGUGUGGCACUUACAUCCCAAUGUGGCUCAACGGCUCUCAUCCACAGCUGGGAGAUGGAGUGGUCACCCGUCAGAUCUGUGGUUCCACAUGGACUGGCUGCUGUACUUUAAAAUCUCUCCCUAUACAAGUCAAAGCCUGUCCAGGAAAUUACUACGUUUAUGAGUUUGUCAGUCCAAUAUUUUGCGGAGCUUACUGUGCGGAUGUCAUAAGACUUAAUACAACGUCUUCGACAACAACAACAACGACAACAACAACAUCAAGAACAACAAGAACAGCCACAACAUCCAUUACUACUCCAUUCACAACCACUGCUACACCCUCCGGCUCUGAUCCAUGUUAUAAUUUUACCACUCUUGAUGAAUACUGGAGAGACAUACGGCAAGACCCAUAUCAGUACUCUGACCAUAAUGACAGUGCUGUUGAAUGGAGUGGCUGGUAUCGGCUGUAUCUGAAUGGAAAAAGUGCCCAGAUGUCUGAGUGGUGCGUGAGUCGUAUUGGAUGCGGUGGUAAUCUUGGACUGUAUCUCAAUGGUUCUCAUCCAAAACUUGAGGAUGGAGUGGUGACCCGUCAAGUUUUUGGAAGUUAUAUGGAUUCUUUUCAGUGUGGAGGCUACAGAUCUGCACCCAUCCAAGUCAAAGCAUGUCCUGGAAAUUAUUAUGUCUACAAGCUUGUCAAGCCAGAUCUGUCGAUUUACAAGCCUUCAUACUGUGCAGUUGCUUUCCAAAACAUCAGCGUUGAUCCAUGCUACAACUAUGAGUCUCUGGAUCGCCCCUGGAGAGCCAACAAUGAAAGUGGAGAGUUUAUUUGGGAAGAAUCUUUUACCUGGAAUGGCUGGUACCGGCUUUACUACUAUGGAAUGGACGUCCGUAUGCCAGAGACCUGUGUUGGUUCGUACAACUGUAAUGCAUUCCAGAGUCUGUCGCUCAGCGGUUCUCACCCUCGGAUAGAGGAUGGAGUGGUGAUCAGGGAGGUCCAAACAGAAGCUUCUACGAGUGGCAGCUGUGUAUACAAAUCAAAACCCAUCAGAGUGAAAGCAUGUCCUGGAAAUUACUAUGUCUAUGAACUUGAGAAUCCACAAUUCUGGUGUUCAGGAUACUGUAUAGAUGUUAGCACCAUUUCACAGUCAGUUUCCACUAUAAGUCCAGCUAUAAUCACUGAAUCCAGCAUCACCUGGAAUUAUGACCCAUGCAUUAACUACACCAUUCUGAACAACUACUGGAGAAGCACAGUCAACUACUGGCAUCAAGAUGGAUACAUAUGUGAACAUGAUGACACUCGUGUUAGUUGGAACGGCUGGUAUCGACUCUACAUUAAUGGCUUGAGUGCUCAGAUGCCUGAAUGGUGUGCGUCUUAUAUGAUGUGUGGAGGUUUUAGCGCUCUCUGGCUUGGCAGCUCUCAUCCUCGGCUUGGAGAUGGAGUUGUUACUCGUGACAUUUACGGCUCUUACUACGAUCAGGCCAGUUACUACAGAUCCAACCCAAUCCAAGUCAAAGCUUGUCCUGGAAAUUAUUAUGUCUACAAAUUUACCAGGCCAGCUCUUUCCAUACCAGCUCCUACAUAUUGUGCAGUACUUUUCAUUACCCCAAGUGUUGACCCCUGCUACAACUACACCACUCUGGAUGAGCCUCGGAGAUCAACCAGCAAUUCGUAUUACUAUGGCAUGUGUGACUAUAAUGUGAAGUGGAAUGGCUGGUACAGGCUGUUCAUCAGAGGUCAAAAUGCUCAGAUGCCAGAAUCAUGUGUUAAUCAAAACAUGUGUGGCACUGAAGAGCCAUUUUGGCUCAACGGCUCUCAUCCACAGCUGGAAGAUGGAGUGGUCACCCGCCAGGUCUGUGUUUCCUCAUGGAGGGGCUGCUGUGGUUACACAUCCCACCCUAUUCAAGUCAAAGCCUGUCCAGGAAGUUACUACGUUUAUGAGUUUGUCAGGCCAAUGUUUUGCGGAGUUUAUUGUGCAAAUGUCACAGCCUCUUCAACAACAGCAAUACCAGCAACACUAACAACAGCAACAACAUCAAGAACACCAACAACAACACUAAGAACAGCAUCAACAACAGCAUCAACAAGAACUAACAGCAUCAACAGCAACAUCAACAUCAACAAGAACUGCAAUAACACCAUCAACAACAGCAACAACAAGAACUGCAAUAACACCAUCAACAACAGCAACAACAAGAACUGCAAUAACACCAUCAACAACAGCAGCAACAACAACACCAAGAACAGCAUCAACAGCAACAUCAACAUCAACAAGAACUGCAAUAACACCAUCAACAACAGCAACAACAAGAACUGCAAUAACACCGUCAACAACAGCAACAACAACAACACCAAGAACAGCAUCAACAGCAACAUCAACAUCAACAAGAACUGCAAUAACACCAUCAACAACAGCAACAUCAACAAGAACUGCAAUAACACCAUCAGCAACAGCAACAUCAACAAGAACUGCAAUAACACCAUCAACAACAGCAACAACAAGAACUGCAAUAACACCAUCAACAACAGCAACAUCAACAACACCAAGAACAGCAUCAACAGCAACAUCAACAUCAACAUCAACAAGAACUGCAAUAACACUGUCAACAACAGCAACAACAACAACACCAAGAACAGCAUCAACAGCAACAUCAACAUCAACAAGAACUGCAAUAACACCAUCAACAACAGUAACAACAAGAACUGCAAUAACACCAUCAACAACAGCAACAUCAACAACACCAAGAACAGCAUCAACACAACAACAAGAACUGCAAUAACACCAUCAACAACAGCAACAACACCAAGAACACAAACAACAGCAACAACAACUAUUACUCCACAAAUCACAGCCACUGGUGUGAAAGAUCACUGUUCUGAACUCAGCUGCUCUGAGGAUGAACACUGUGGGAAGAGAAAUGGUGUUUAUGGCUGUUUAUGCAACAACAACACUCACAGCCCAAAUUCUGACUCUUUUGAUUUCUCAGAAACCUGUGAAAGCAGCUCUGGCUCCAUGUCUGUGUCUCGUUGUCAGCUCUUUGAGGCUGGUUUUUCAGCUGACAUCUUACACCUCAAUGAUCCGAGCUGCAGAGGAACGGUCCGGAACGGCAGAGUGGAAUUUCAUUUUGAUAACGAUCAACACAUCUGUGGUACAAAUCUUGUGGCCAACGGCACCCACUUCAUCUAUGAUAACUUUAUUCUGGGGACACCAAAAUCAGAGGGCCUCAUCAGCAGAGAGAAAAUUCUGAAGCUUUCUUUCAGUUGCGCUUACCCCCAAACACAAACACUUUCCAUGAAUGUGGAAAUCAACCCACUGGAGAGCAUUGUGCACAAGAGCCUUCCGGCGGGUGAAGGGAGAUAUCGUGUUCGUAUGAUUCCUUAUCAGGAUGAUGAGUUCACGCAGCCCUUCACUGGUGCAGUGGAUGCAGAGCUCGACCAGGAGAUGCAUGUGGAGGUUCGUGUUGAGGGGGUCGACAGCCGACAUUUUGCCCUGGUGAUGGACACGUGUUGGGCUACACCUGUGAAUGAUCCCAAUUAUGAUCUACGCUGGGAUCUCGUCAUUCAGGAGUGUCCCAAUCCAGAUGAUGAUACAGUGGAGCUGCAGCAGAACGGCGUCUCAACAUCCGGCCGUUUCUCCUUCAGGAUGUUUAUCUUCACUGCAAACUCCACUAAGCUUUACCUGCACUGUGCUGUUCAUCUUUGCCUACUGUCAAGCAAUCGCUGCUCUAGGAACUGUACCUCUGGACCGCACUGGAGAGAGCGCAGGUCUCUGGACUUCCAUGAUAGUGCUUCCAUAUCCAUGGGACCUCUGAGGUUGUCUGAAGGAAAAACAGAUAAGUUGGUCCCAGAGCAAGUGAAGGUAUCUGAGGCUUCUUGUCUGUGUGCUUCCCUGAUGGUGUUUCUUGUUCCUCUGAUGAGUGUCUUUAUCGUCUUUUAGUAUAUUUCAACAAGAAAAUUGAUAAGAUUUAAGAUGCAUAUUAUCUAAUGUCAUUUUAAUGAAGGUGGCAUGAUGCCACACUGGUUGUGGGUUUCUAAAUGUUUCUUUAUUUCAUAGCAAUUAUGUUAUAUGGCAUAAGUGAAUUAGUAUUUAAUCAGUUAUACUAAUUGUUAUAUACCACUAUAUUAAUCUUAAUAAAAUUUUACUUCAUUAGAAGAUGCGCUAAAAUAAGAAAGGCAAUCAGAUUCAUGUUUACUCAAAUCAUAUAAAAACAUUAGUCAUUCCUGUUCUGUGGUUCUGAAAAAUGAAUACACUUGUGUGGCAUGUGCAGGAUGAUGAUAGCAACUCUGGUUUUUCGGGAGCUUCCUCUGUUUCUCUGACUGAAAAUAUAACUGUAUUGGGACUGUCACUGGAAAGAGUGCUAAAGCUGCUCAGGUCGUA